AUGGGCGGGUGUGUGGGCUCCCACCACGACUCCUCGGGCAGCCUGAACGAGAACUCGGACGGAACUGGAGUUGCUCUUGGUCGUAACCAGCCCUUGAAAAAAGAGAAACCGAAAUGGAAAAGUGAUUACCCCAUGACAGACGGACAGCUGCGCAGUAAGAGAGAUGAGUUUUGGGACACUGCACCGGCUUUCGAAGGUCGCAAGGAGAUUUGGGAUGCCCUGAAGGCUGCUGCGCAUGCUUUUGAGAGCAAUGAUCACGAACUGGCACAAGCAAUCGUCGAUGGUGCGAACAUAACACUACCACAUGGUGCUCUUACAGAGUGUUACGAUGAACUGGGCAACCGGUACCAGCUUCCCGUCUACUGCCUUGCCCCACCUAUCAACAUGAUAGAGGAGAAGGGAGACCUGGAGACUCUGGAUAUUCCUGACCCCCCACCCAAUUCAGGGCACGAAUGCCAGCUUCGUUUGCGCCUGUCCACAGGCAAAGACCUCAAACUGAUGGUCCGCAGCAUGGACACAGUCUACCACAUGAAGAGGAGGCUGCAUGCGGUGGAGGGAGUGGAGCCAGGCAGCCAGCGCUGGUUCUUCUCGGGCAGGCCACUGGCAGACAAAAUGAAACUGGAAGAGCUGAAAAUCCCAAAGGACUACGUGGUGCAAGUCAUCGUGAGCCAGCCCUUAGCCAAUCCCACCCCAGUGGAAAACUGA